AUGCAAAUCAGCCCUUAUAAAUACUAACAACAGCCACUCAGCGCCAGCAGCACGUCUCAAUAGGAUUGCAUAAUAAACACGGGACGCCUCGCCUCGCCUGCGAGUUGUUGAUUCGCUUCUCUUCCUGGAAGCGGCCGUGCUCGCCAGCUGCCCUGCACCGGAGGCGAGUCGACAGCAAGCGGCGAUCCGAGCAACAUGGCCCCCUCGGCCCGGCCCAGCCACACGGCAGCAGACAUGGAGGAGGACGAGCCCUACUAUGGGAUCCACAAAGCGGACCGAAAGGUCAGGAAGCCUCUGGUGGAGAGGAAGAGGCGAGCUCGCAUCAACGAGAGUUUGCAGGAGCUGCGGACUUUGCUGGCGGACUCAGACCUUCACUCUAAAAUGGAGAACGCAGAGGUGCUGGAGAUGACGGUGAAGAAGGUGGAGGACAUCUUGAAGAACCGGAGCCAAGAAACCGACACACUGAACCACGAAGCCAGUGAGAGGUUUGCAGCCGGCUACAUCCAGUGCAUGCAUGAGGUCCACAUGUUUGUGUCCAGCUGUCCCGGGAUAGACGCCACGGUGGCGGCGGAGCUUCUCAACCACCUGCUGGAGUGCAUGCCCCUGAACGAGGACCACCUCCAGGACGUGCUGGCCGAUCUGAUCACUGAGACCCCCGGGAGCCACGGCAGCACUUGGCAUGGAGGCGACGAGACGUUCUGCUCCAGCCUGGCGUCGCCCGGUGGUCGGAGUCUCUCCACCUGCUCGUCCUCGGCCCACUCCCCGGCCCCGUCCACCACGUCCAGCGAGGACCUGUGCUCCGACUUGGACGACACCGACAGCGAGCACAACCAGAGCUCCACGGAGAGCAUGGAGAGCAGGGAGGUCCUCGGCCCACCCGCCACCACAUACCCUCAGUCCAUGUGGAGACCCUGGUAG